CUUCUCAACUUUGCACUCCCCUUUACUCCCACCCCUGGUCGUCACAAUGUCUACUCAUAGCAUCUACCUCUUCCGUCACAUUCAGUCCAAUCAGGUUCUGGUCAGCACCCGCCAGAUCCUAAAGAACAAAGUUCUUGAGCAGCUUCAGCAUGCCGGACGUCCUGUACGCUUGAGAAGAGAUUUGUGGCGCCCUGUGGUUGCCCUGACCGGCUUCGAUAGUGAAAACUCUGCUCAGGCUGUAUCAGAUGCUCUCUUACACCGCUCAAAGGCCCGUCAGCUCGAAUUUGCCACCAAGCAGGAGCACCUUGCACGACCCAAGCGAUUAAGACAGGUUGAUGAAAAUGAUCUUCUCGAAAAGUCAGUCACAUCCCUCCGUGAGGCAUUGGAGGCCGUGUCACCCAAAUACAUUAAGGACGGUGCAAAGUUGACUGCUCUGUGGGAACAAUCCCGCUUUAUCGACCUCAAGGGCGAUGCUGAAUGGCCCGCUUUCCUUGAACACGGCGAGCUCGCUCUCAAAAACAACCGUUUCGUCUCUGCCGAAUCAUCUUGAUCGAUAACAAUUCAUAUAACAACCAACGACAACAACAACAUUGAUAACAAGACAAAGACGAAGAACAAAACAAUGUUGAAAGUAGAGUAGAGUAAAGUGGAGUAAAAUGGAGUAGAGUAGAGUUUGAAUUCAUUUUUUAAGACUCUCAUAAAAUAUAUAUAUUCAUUAUAUUGCACUGGUUACCAUGUCAAUUAUGUACAGCCAAAAAAGAAAAUAAAAAGAAAAUAACUUAAAUAUACAC